GUAAACUCAGAGCACGAGUUGGUACAGGCACUUGCCGCUUACGCCGGACACGUGGUGAAGAUCUUUGCAGUUUACCCCCAUCCGAAACUGAGCCGACUUGUCUGUGUGCGGGCUGGACGUGCCCGCAAGAAGCUGAGACGCCGCCACUAUAAAGAUGCGGCUCGGACUGCGCCUCGCAGACGUGGGGCACGCGGGACUACCAACCGACAAGCGACAUGGGUCUCAGACUCUGAGGAAAUUGGACGUGCACUUCAAACAUACUCGUGGGCUGACAUUAGGAAAAUUGUGGGGGUAUCUCCUUGGGGGGAACAACUUCUUUUCCGGAUCAAACAAAGAGCUUUCUCCAGGUACGACCCCGUCAAUCGGUGCCCUGGGUGCCCUAUGGAGGAGUGU